AUGACAUCUCAGGCAGUCAACGAGUCGCUUGAAAUGACUGGCCGACCAGUAUCAACCACUGCUGCGCCAGAGGAAGCAGACAGUUCCGAAUCCUCGGAUACUGCUUCUACAGGCACACCGAAGCAUGAGACUGCUCAAGUGGACACUCGAUCAGUCAGAGAUGAGCCCUUGCCAUCGAAUGGCGAAACCAAGAACACGAUACGGCCGCAAGUACCAACGCAUACCGAAUACCCCUUCAAGAAGCAUGUCCUGUACUCCAUAAUUACAGUCAUUGCCAUCGGUAUUGCCUCCCUGGUAUCCGUUUGCUGGUUGAUCGCCUACAUCCACACAAGUUCCAAGAAUGAACAUCCAUACAUCACAGUCGAGAUAGUCGGAGGAAGAUUCUCUUCAACAGCAGCCAAAUUUAUUGAUGCCGCCUUCUCCAUGUUGGUAGCACCAGCCAUAGUCGCAGUCGCCAACUGGCACAUGUUCAAACUCGCUCGACUUUCUGCUGUUAACGAGCAUCGCGGAAGAAGCUCUGCAGUCAGCAUGAAGGUUCUUGUCGAGGUUGCCAAUACCGAUUGGGAGGUGAUCAAGUACCAGGCAACCCUCGGCAGGGAAGAGUCUAUCCUCUCUAAAAAGUCCCUGGACGACGCCAAUACCAGAUAUCCGGAUAUUAGAUAUCCGUUGAUUGCUUUCAAUCAAACUGCCAUCUGGAUUGGUAGUAUUAAUGUCAAUCAAAGUUCAGGCAUUAGUCCCAUUGAUGGAAGCUAUCGCCUGGUGUUAUCUGGUAUGAACUGUCAUCUGGAAAAGUCGAAUGGGCAUGCAGACAUCAAGGUGAAUGAGAGCCAAUGGACGACCAUCAAAGACACACUUUUCAACGAACAUCAUGAUCUCCGACCGAGUGAACCCGCGUCAAGUCUAACGUCUACACUGGAGAUCGUUGAUGAUAGUCAUGUUAGGAGAGCUCCAGGACUAGGCGGGCACUUGCUGCGUGCAGCACUCAACACAACGAGCGAGGGAGACCAACCAUCCUGGAAGCUUCAGAGUCUCUUCGAGGCUUUUCUAUGGUAUGAAAUAGCAAGCCGACACGCGCUUCUAGACAGCAUUUCAUUCAAAAAGACAGGGUGGUAUAAAAUUCAGUGUGACGCCGACAAAUAUGCCAUGACCUUGAUCCCAUGGAUCCUUCUUAUUGUUCUCAUAGCACUGGGAGUCGCAUGUGCAAUAACAGUCGGGCUCUUGAUCGACUCUCGAAAAUUACACUCUUUACGGAUUGGUCGGAUGCUAGACUCGGUCCGGUUGAUAGCUGACGUCAGAGUGGCAUUAGACAAGCAGGCUCUUGAGGAGUGUUCGACCUGGUACGGCUCUAGACUCAACAAGUGUGCUGACGGGGCGAGCUUCCAGUAUGAAACAGACUCGUGGUUGGACAGUAACACCGGUCUUUACUCUAUAGGUAUCCGUCUUCGACAGAUCUCGCGGCCACAUGAGUGA